CUAGACAUCACUCUCCAAUCAGUGAUGGCUCGUUUUGCAAUAUUUAUGCUUUUGGUUACUAUGUUAGUUUGUGUUGCACCAUGUUUUGAAGCAAGAACACAAUUGAACAACAUGGAUAAGGAGGUCACUAACCUUGCUUCUUCGGCCCCAUACAAAGAAGGUCAUAUUUAUGGCAACUUAAAUACUGGACCUAGUCCUGGAGUCGGACAUUUUGGCCCACCUCCUAGAAUUGGUCAUGUUUAUGGAAAUUUGAAUACUGGACCUAGUCCUGGAGAAGGACAUUCUGGCCCACCUCCUAAAAUUGGUAAUGUUUAUGGAAACUUGAAUACUGGACCUAGUCCUGGAGAAGGACAUUCUGGCCCACCUCCUAAAAUUGGUAAUGUUUAUGGAAAC